UCCUCCUCUCUCUGGUCAGCGGCAACGGCUCCUAACGAGUAGACGGUGUUGGGGAUUGAAGCCGGGGUGUAGAGUAUUUUGACGGCAGGGAUUUCCCGUGCGACGGUGCAGGCGGGGAUCCUGGAUGGGCAGGGGCUCCUGACCAUGUCUGCGGCUGAGGAGGAGGGGAGGCAUCUUCCCCGUCCUUCAGCUGGUUUCGAGACUAAUAAAUUCCUCCUGUGAUGUUUAAGCAACUCCUGAAGGAUGCAGACACAGGCAUUGAGUGCUGUCUUGCUAACGAGGAGACUUCUCAAAAGCCUGCGGAGGAGACGUAGGAUCUUCAAGCAAUUUCUGGCAGCUGGAGUUUCCCGAUAGCAGAUAAAAUUAUUUGAGCACCAUGAGUUGGAGUUUUCUGACCCGUCUGUUAGAGGAGAUCCACAAUCACUCCACCUUUGUGGGCAAAAUCUGGCUGACGGUGUUGAUUGUGUUUCGGAUUGUUCUGACUGCGGUGGGAGGAGAGUCCAUUUAUUACGACGAACAGAGCAAGUUUGUGUGUAACACGGAGCAGCCGGGCUGCGAGAACGUGUGUUACGAUGCUUUCGCUCCUCUUUCGCACGUCAGGUUUUGGGUCUUUCAGAUCAUUCUCGUUGCCACUCCCUCUGUGAUGUACUUAGGCUACGCCAUACAUAAAAUCGCCCGGAUGGUGGAACACAGCGAAGCCGACAGAAGAAUCAGAAGCAAAGGUUUUUCCAUGCGCUGGAAACAACACCGCGGCUUAGAGGAAACUGAGGAGGACCACGAGGAAGACCCGAUGAUGUACCCAGAAAUAGAGCUGGAGAGUGAGCGGGAGAAUAAAGAGCAGCCAGCCCCUGCCAAAGCAAAGCACGAUGGCAGGCGGCGGAUCCGGGAGGAUGGACUCAUGAAAAUUUAUGUCCUGCAGCUCCUGGCGAGGACUACCUUUGAGAUCGGCUUCCUCGUGGGGCAGUAUUUUUUGUACGGCUUCGAGGUCAGCCCCAUCUUUGUGUGCAGCAGGAAGCCGUGCCCGCACAAAAUAGAUUGUUUCAUUUCCAGGCCAACCGAAAAGACCAUUUUCCUGCUAAUAAUGUACGGGGUGAGCUGCAUGUGUUUGCUUUUGAAUGUCUGGGAGAUGAUCCAUUUGGGAUUUGGCACAAUCCGGGACACGUUGAACAACAAGAGAAAGGAGCUGGAAGACUCCGGUACCUACAACUACCCUUUUACUUGGAACACACCAUCUGCUCCUCCUGGCUACAACAUCGCCGUGAAGCCAGAGCAAAUGCAAUACACCGAGCUGUCCAACGCCAAAAUGGCCUACAAACAGAACAAAGCCAACAUCGCUCAGGAACAGCAGUACGGCAGCAACGAGGAGAACAUUCCUGCCGACCUGGAAAAUCUGCAGAGGGAAAUCAAAGUGGCUCAGGAGCGCCUGGACCUCGCCAUCCAGGCUUACAACAACCAAAACAACCCCGGCAGUUCCAGAGAGAAGAAAUCCAAAGCAGGCUCCAACAAAAGCAGCGCCAGUAGCAAGUCGGGAGAUGGGAAGAACUCUGUCUGGAUUUAAUGUUGGCUGAGUUUAUAUAUUGUGAUUUUUCUCCUAGUUUAUCAUAACCAGCAACCCCUUGAAUAAUGGCUUCCAUUAAGUAAAUAUUUGACUCUGCUUAUUUUCAGGGAUACCGUUGGCUAGUGAUUCAACCUCUCAGAAAGGGUUUAUACGCAUAUUCUAGGAUAAUAGAACUUUAUUCUUCUGUCUUCCAAGUCAGGAGACAAAUAGGUAUAUUUAAAUCAUUCUCAUUGAACGGUUUAUGCUGUAUGUACAGUAUUAUAGUACAUUUAUUAUGCACAAUUUUUUGUAUUUGUACACUGGAUCUCUCUGACGUUACAGGUUUUUUUUAUAUAAACGAGCAGAAAGCGAUGGGUAGCUGUUAGCAUUUUGCUAGUUUUAUUACCGUGGUCUCUGCAGUUUCGUCGUUGUUCUUCUUUUAAACGUAAAACUUUUCUAUGCUGCGUUUCAGAAGUGCCUUGAACGUGCAGAGGGAGGAGUCUCUGGUGUUGGGGCAGCCCAGGGGUGCUGCUCCCUGAGCAGUGGAGCAGGGAACCGUCGGAAAACAUCUGUUAAUGGUGCUCUUGACUCUGUCUUUUACAAAAACGAUGUGCUGCUUAUCAAAUGGAAGUGGUGUGCUAGCGCUGUCACGUGCCACGGGGUUGGGUUUUUUCGCCCCAUGGAAAAAUUACUUCCAGGAAAAUGUAUGUGUGUGAGAGAGCACUUGUGUUCAGAGUAAGGUGCCAGCCAUAUCGCAGAGAGGGCUCCAGCCUCCCUGCCAGCUUUAUGCAACAGGAGGGAGGAGAGACUGCAAACUCUUGUAAAACAUCCCCCCCCCCUGCCAAAAAAAAGUAAAUGGAAAUUACUGGAUUCAGUAAUUCCACAUAUUUAUGUGAUAUCUAUGGAAAUGGAUGUCUUUGAGGUCUGUUGUUACAUAAAGCCCCGCUCCCCACAGGCAUGAAGUUGUUCCAGUACCUUUUGGAGAAGAUUUCUGUCUUUUCCAAAGUAAUCUGGGGAGAUGGAGGCAUGGUAAUUCUGUCUCUCUGUGCAUUACACUCGAGGAAUAACCUUCCUCUCCCCCGGCCAGGACACACGAGCUGUCUGUAAGAGUUUUUACAAAGCCCUUUCCGAAUAUCAAUGAUAUUGCCUUAUUCCAGACCCCUCUUCCUUCCAUGAUGUCGGUGGGAUUUAGUUCAGACAGAGCAAUGUGUAUAAUUUAGAUUUCUGCUUGAGAGACCAGUCAGAUUUGGCAUUCUGUGGUUUUGGCAUUAAACUUGAAUUUAUAAUUAGAAAAAGGAGAAUGCGGUUUUUACUGCCUUUGGCAGUGUCUUUUUGGCAAGGAUGAGCAUUAAUGUUUGAGAGACGCUGAUAAAUGUGUAUGCUUUUUGCUACUAUUUAUAAUGUAUUCGGGACCUUGCUCCGCUCUCUUUUUUUGUUGUUGUUGUUUUUUUAUUAGGUUUUCGUGCAUUUUAAUAUAUUUUUGGGGCCUGUUUCAAGCGGGACUGUUGUGUUUAGAGGCUACCUCAGUCCUUAGUGCCCUCGUUACAGCCUGGUCAGAGCAGGAUGGAGACGUGAGGCUCCGUGGAGGACACAGGCAAACCCUGCUCCCUUCCUGCGCCCCUGGACAUCCCAGCACAGGCUUUAUGUUUGGAUUCAAACUAAGGGGAUACGAGCACAUGUUUGCAGUUAUCCUCUACCCAAGCACUUGUUGAAAAUAGGUAUUUUGCUGAAAAUAGGUAUUUUGUUGAAUUGUUCUCAGUCUGUUUUCGCUCUGGCACACCGGGCAGCCCAGGUGUGGGUCCCAGCUCUCUCUCUGCUCUGCUUUCGAGCGGCGUAAGUGUGUCCAGAGCCACCACGAUGCCCUGUGCAGGGUCAGCCAGAGCUUCUCCAGGUCCUCUCCAGCAGAGACGUUUGGAAGCCAACUUGCUUUUUGGCUCUUGUUUAGCGGCAGCUCCUGGCUGCUGCUCCAGUGAGGGAGCAACCUCUGAAUUUGGGGCAGAAAAGUUUCAGGGUGAUGUCUUUAAGUAAGUGUAAGUGACACAGUAAGUAGACAGCAGUUUUUGAAAGCUUGAGUGGACUUGUGGAUGGGGACAGCUCUCUGGUGAGCUGGGACCCACUGCAUGGGGUGAGAGGGAGGUUAUUAGCAGUGCUCCUCUAAUUAAAGAGCAGCCUGGAGAGGAGCACGCUGCCUGGAGAUGGGCAGGGAGGCUUUGCCAGCGGAAAGCUGGGAGUGGGAUGGAAAAGCUGAGUGGAAAAUGUGUUGUCAGAAAGUACUAGGGAGAGGCAUUUGGAGCCUGGAGAUAAACUGGAUUGUGGCUACAAUCCGCUCAUUGUCCCCCGCUGCUGGGCUGGUCUUUCCAGGAUCCCAAGAGGGUGACGUUGCUCUUAACCCUUUGCGGUGGCUUCGCAGCCGCCUUUCGCCAGCCGAAUGGCGAGAAGUGAAGAUCCUUUCCCCUGGCUGCUCUCUGUGCAGACUGCAGCCAUUUCUUACUCCUGGCUUAAAACAAAACCGGUCCAUGGUCCAUGACAGAUGCUUCACCCCUUGUUUCUAUUAACCCUUUCCCAAGUAACGAUCUGAACCGUUACCUGCUUAAAGCUCCUGUCUCGGGUCCGUCCCGUGAGCUUUUGUCCACACCAGUCAGUCCUGCCCCUAGCAAGCAGAGUGUGUAGAGUAUUCCAAUCCCAGCACCGAGUUCAUUCCGAAAAUGCCAAGUAAUGGAGUUGUUUCUAUUACUAUUUGUCUGGUUUAAUUUAAAUUGUGUAUAGAGUGCACAUUUUCUUUGAAACUGAGUGUUUGUUAUUAGUAGGGGAUGUCUGUUAAAGCUCUUAAGUGUUCAUGUCUGUGACUUUAUUCAGUUUCAAAGUACGGGCUUGAUUUUGCCUUUUGAAGAAAUGAUACAUGCAUUACUUUAAAAUGCUCUCUUGCUUUGGCUUAAUGCAGGCCAUUCCGAAAUAAACGUUCAGAAGAGACUUUUGGACAAAAAAAAAAAAAAAACUGAACAUAACGUGGGUUUGUCUUGUCAUUCUCUGGUUUUGGAUGCAGUUUGGAAAAAAAAAUAAUCUAUUAAAUCCAGUGGAUUACUCCA